UCUGUUCAAGUAUCAUUGCGGUUUAAUCCAUGAGUUGCUUCAAAUGGUUGGAUGAUUCUUUGCUAUUGCAGGUGCAAAAGAGGUCGGGGAACAAGAUGACAUAUUCAUCUUGGUGGCUCCUCAAAAUGCAGUUGGGAACUGUAUUAUAGAUGAUCUGAAAGCCAUGACUGAUGCUGCUGGUAACCGGCCAGUUAUACUUGUUAAUCCUCGGCUCAAGGAUUUACCUGGUUCGAGUGGUAUCAUGCAAACAAUGGGUCGAGAUAAGAGAUUGGAAUAUGCUGCUUCUUUUGAGAAUUGCUAUUUCUUUCGGCUUCUGUAUUACGCAGGAACCCAGUAUCCAAUUAUGGCUGCUCUCAGAAUGUCUUACCCUUACCGAUAUGAACUCUACAAGAGGGUAGAUGAGCCUACAGGGAAGGAAAAGUAUGUUAUAAUCUCAACAUUUACUGAAAAGCCAAAUUCUGAUGAAAUUAACAAUGCAUUUCUUGGAAAACCACGAGAUCAGACUAAGAAAGCAUCUGGAAUUUGGGGAUUCUUGAAUAGUGUAUUUUGAGGCAAAUUCUAGCUUCUGCGCCAAUUUGUUGACAAAUCGCAGUAAGGCUAUGUAUAUUGUGCCUCUUCGGCACUUUACGCGGGUCUGGCAUCUGCCAGUUAAGAGGUUUGGGUUCAACAAUCAAUGGCAACUUUCAAAUACAGCAGGGAUAUGAGCUUACCAACACUGCUGUUUUUUUUUUUUUUUUUUGGGCUGAGAACAGAAAAAGCGUUUUUUAUUAAUUUAGUUUUGCUUUUGUGUAGUAAUUGAUGAUAAUACUACGAAUGAUGAUAAUGCUCUCAAAGCAUAUAUGAAGAAACACCUCAUGGAUGUUUGAUUGCAUA